AUUUGCCGGCAGAGGGAGCUUGUGUUGCUUCGUACGAUUAUAGUUAGAGGUUUCCCUCACUCCACUUAGCAGCCUGAGCGGCGCAACAACGCAGUGUUCUACUGCUGCGCUUCUGCUCAGCACUUUCUUAAUAAAAUCUCAUCCCCCCGAAACGUGUUGUCGUGUGUGUACCGCGGACCGUGUGUCAUUGUCCAUGUGUCACUCUGUGUGUGUGUAUUUUAUUUAGCAUGUGUAUUAGUAUUAUCUUUAAUAUAUAUAUUUUUUAACUGUAUCAUAUCAUAUAAUAUAUAUUUAUCGGCUAGAUGUUGGAGCACAUGCGCCAUCAGUAGACGCACUUAUCACAAUACUCUUCAGUCACUCAAGCUGAAAAAUUUGGCUCUACUCCUUGUUGAGCUCCAAAUUUUUUAUUCAAAAUUGAUGACCUUCAUUUGAUAUUUAAGUCUUUGAUUUUAUAUGAGAUUUUAUGCUGGGCUGGAAAAUUAGCGGAUGACAAGUUUAAUGGCAAAUUUAAGUGAUAGCGCGGUAUUUUUGAGGACCGGACCAGUGUUGCUAUAAUCGUGGUCCUCCAUGGUUCCUCUUAUCAAGUGCCGUCCGACGGAUUGACAAACCCAGUGCUCGUGAUUAAGUUAUACUCUGUGAUAAGUUACCGAGGAUUGAUAUUUGGUGAUAAUUAGGACAUUGAUUGGUUGUUUAUGACGAGACUGGAACGAGAUUUAUUGACUGCUCGGCCGAUGUACGGAAGUUCGUGUGAGUGCGUUAGUGAUUUUAUUGGCGUUGUUAGUAUUGAAAAUAUUGAUAUUAGUAUUUUUGUCGCGAGUGUAGAUGCGAUUGGGGACCGAAGCCGGGUGGAAAUCUUUCGGAGCUUUUGGCUUAAUCACCACCGGCGAUAAUACGAUUCUCAGGAACACCUGAUUUUUCGACGUACACCCUCGGCGGGAAUCACCCCGCGACAGCAGCCACCCUGAUGGGAGUGUAUGAGGAGCGCGCCCCUCCUACCACCGGCAUGCACUGGCAGCCGCCAAACUCGCAGGAGCGAGGCAGCGGCUUGGCUUUGGGCUGUCAAGGUGGGCUGGGAGGGAGCGCAGGGGGGCCUGGAGCGAUGGAUCAGGCGCGGGAUCUCAGCCCGUGCCUCCCCGCGUCGAUGGGUGAUGCCGCAAGACCCACCACUUUACCGUGCAGCCCCCCUGCGGCUCAUCAUCAUCACGUAUCGUCCCAUCGAACACAGCUUCAUCAGACUACUCACUGUGGCUCUAAUAACAACAACUGCUACGACGGAACGACCACCCCUUACGAGUCCAGAGAUUACGGAUCUCCUGGAGGUGGAACCGAGUUCAGGAAUUCGAGCUUCGAGCAUUCCAACGACCUGAACCAUCAAUCAUUGAACACGCAGCAGCAUAAUCACAACCACCACCAUCAUCACCAUCACGAGAACCAGCACCAUCAUAAUCACCAGUCCCAGGUGCACCAGCACCAGCAACUCACCGAGUCCCAAUCAACCGGCUCGGAUGAUCUCCACACGAUACCCAAGCUGGAACCACCACCAACACCACCCACCCACCUGGAGGAUGUCUCGGGGGUCGUUUGUGCUGGCUGUGGCCUCAGAAUAUCUGACAGGUUCUAUCUCCAGGCCGUGGAGAGGCGAUGGCACGCUGCUUGUCUCCAAUGUUCUCACUGCCGGCAAGGUCUCGAUGGCGAAGUCACCUGCUUUAGUCGGGAUGGGAACAUUUAUUGCAAAAAGGACUACUACAAAAUGUUCGGCAGCCUGAAACGUUGCGCGCGAUGUCAAGCAGCAAUCCUGUCAUCAGAGCUGGUGAUGCGAGCCAGGGAGCUGGUGUUCCACGUCCGAUGUUUCUCCUGCGCAAUAUGUGCGGUCCCGCUGACGAAAGGGGACACAUUUGGCAUGAGAAACGGCGUGGUCCUGUGCCGCUCUGACUACGAAAUGGGUGCUGAGAUGCAUCCCUCUCAGAGUCCCCCAGUGCCCGUUUAUCCUCCGGGACCUCAUUAUCCCGGGCAGUCGUUUCCGUCCCCGGACUUUCUGCACCAUCAGCCGCACCAUCAUGGCGUCCCGAGCCAUCCUCACCAUACCAUGCAUCCUCAGCAUCCUCAUCAAUUAACCCACGCCAGUCCAGUACCACUUCAGCCGUCGACGCCCUCAGGUCCUGAAGUAGGCUCCCCGCCGAAAGUCCCCUACUUCAACGGGACUGCUCAAGCUGUCGGUGGAGCUGCUGGAGUACCUCCACCCAGACAAAAAGGUCGUCCGAGGAAAAGGAAGCCCAAGGAUUUAGAAGCUAUGACUGCUAGUCUAGAUCUGAAUUCAGAGUACAUUGAUAUGCCGUUUGGACGCGGCCCAGGUACGCCGGGUAUGCCAGGCUCAAACAGCCGGACCAAGCGGAUGAGAACAAGCUUCAAACAUCAUCAGCUAAGAACGAUGAAGAGUUAUUUUUCCAUCAAUCACAAUCCAGACGCAAAAGAUCUUAAGCAGCUUUCGCAGAAGACCGGAUUGCCAAAGAGGGUACUACAGGUAUGGUUCCAGAAUGCACGAGCAAAAUGGCGACGCAUGGUCCUUAAACAAGAAGGGAAAUCCGACAAAUGUGGAAGCGUAGACGGAAACUCAUUAAAUGAACUUGAGCUGUAUGGCAACAGCGCCGGAAGUGGAGGACCUCCUAUGAGUCCUCCUUUUAUGCUCGGAGGGCCUCAUAGCCCUGCUUCACUUGGUUCGCUCGAUUGCGCGUGAUUUUAAAAUCAUAUAUCACACUCCUUGACUAAAAAAAAUUUAUUAAAAUCAAUAAAAUAAAAACGGUAUGAAAAUCGUUGAGUCACUGGAACAAUUGUAAAAAUAAUAAUAAUUAAUAACUAAAAUGAACAAAUUAUAAAAUCGCAUUAACUUACUCAGAAUAAUUAAUGCACUGUAGUUAUACAUUGUUUAUAUAUAUAUGAAAAAAAUGAUAUUAAUAAUAUAAAAGCGACCUACGCUCUUAUUUGUAUUAUAGUUAGCAAAAAAAAAUGAAAAAUGAUAAAAAGAAGGUAAUUAUUAAGUAAAUAGAUAUUAAAGUAAUUAUAGGUGUAUUUAUUGUAGACAAAAAUAGAAAAAAAAUUUGUCGCUAAUUAAAAAAAAAAAAAAAUAAUAAUUGAAACAAUAUCCCGGAUGAUAUUGAAGUCAUAGACUUUGAAAGUAAAUUCACUUAGGAUUAAAUUAUACGUGAUUUUGUAUUGCGAUAAAAUUUUAAUUCGAGUGUACGGAUGAUUUAUUUUUAAGAAAAGAAAUUAUUAUUGAAGGAAAUUGUACAAGACAUGAAUUAAAUAUUUAUUAU